CGUGCGUAAUAGUGCAUCAAUCUCGGCGCGGCGCCCCUGACAUCCCUGCGGCACGCCCUUCGUCGUCCCGCUGUCCACCAUGACACCCACCGGGAAAGAACAGAUAGCGAGACCGCCCAAGAAGCGGCCCCUGGCGCUCUUCAACUACCUGCUUGACGCCCCCAAAGGUGUCGAGGAUGACGAGAACAUGCAGCCACAGGACCUCAGCAUGAAAAGCAGGAGGCCCCCUUCACCACCGCCUCGCUCUGCCGCGUCCUCUUCCAUGCCUGCUCCUUCAGUGUUUACUCCAACGCCCUUGCUCCCUGCUGUCUCUGCUGCUGCCCUCACACCUCGCCGGCCCGCCGUCACCACUCUGCUAGGGCUGGUGGGCAGCGGCCUCGGCAUGUCCCCUGCCCACUCACAUGCCACGAUUAGCAGCAACACACCAGAGAGCAUCAGCACCCCAGCUUACAGCAGCAGCACCAGCAGCGCCAGCACCAUAAGCAGCAGCGGAGCCAGCACAAGCAGCAACAGCAGCAGCUUUACCUCCAGCAGCAGCAGCAGCAGUGGCAGCAACUUCAUGAGCAGUGCUGGCUUGCGUCUCAUCAGCGAGGUGGCGGCUGCGUGCGGGCGACCAACGGUGCUGAGGACACCGGGAAGCACUUCGGGCGCCCACACCAGUCCCUACGCCCCACCCACGCCCAGGGACCCACUGCGUCACGUGCUGCGGGAACGCGGCGUCGGCGUCCGUUCGUGGCACUACCAUCCCUACCUGCCCCUGGGCGUAUAUGGGCUGCCGUCGCCCCUCCAGACUGCCCAGGCUCCUGCCUCCACCCGCAACGACUCCGCAACCCCUACGGCACGCGCCCGAGGGGGGUCCGUGUCGCCGCCGGGCGAGGCAGGAUCCAGCAGCAGCGAGAGCAGCCCCGAGGCACAGCAGGAGGGGCGCGGGCAGCGCCUCACUUGUCCAGACUGCGGCCGCCGCUACGCCACCAUGGCUGGGCUUGCCAAGCACAGACAGUUCCACUGCCUCAAGGACGCCGGGCGGUCGUUCGCAUGCAAGCACUGCGAGAAGGUGUAUACGAGCCUUGGAGCCCUCAAGAUGCACAUUCGCACGCACACGCUGCCCUGCAAGUGUCAGCUCUGUGGCAAGGCUUUCUCGCGGCCCUGGCUGCUGCAGGGACACAUCAGGACCCACACGGGGGAGAAGCCCUUCCAGUGCCCGCAGUGUGACCGUUGCUUCGCGGACCGCAGCAACCUGCGGGCCCACCUCCAGACCCACACGGAUGUCAAGAAGUACGCGUGCAGGUCCUGUCCCAAAACGUUCUCACGUAUGUCGCUGCUGGUGAAGCACGAGGACCACGGAUGCCCAGGGGUGCGGCCAGCUCGUCCCAUGGCCCUGGCUCCAGGUCCUACUCUGCCCCUCUGACUUCACAGUGCUCACUCAAGCUUCCCAGUGCUCAACAUACUCGAGGGAGCAUCAUGCCCCUCAGCCACAGGGCGUCACCGGUGCACGUGAGCCUGCGGGCCACGCGCCAGUCUAGUCAAGCCACACCUCAGGCCUCCCAGAGGCCAUAGUCGGUCAGCAUCCUUCAAGGACACGUCCUGGCUACCAAGUUUUGCAGACAAAACAAUCAUCAGUAGCUACAUGACAUCCAUUCUUAUUUGUUGAUGAACACUUUGUGUCGGACCAAAGCUCUGCACCAAGUCGACUCCCGCUCACCAGGCUGUUAAGGCUGUAUACGUUAGAGUCAAGUCUGAGCCGCGGUGCACAAAGACGGCUGGGAAAUUGGCGAAGGUGUGCCUGUGUGAGCGUGGGGCGCGGCCAGGUGUGUCCUGGGAGGCUGACAACUCUCAACAGCUUUACCUGAGACCAGCAGCCACCGCGGGUCUCCCCAACGUACCUGCAUACCACCAGCCCCACCCAUUGUCCUCCUGCCGGGGGGAGGCAGAGGACGGGAAGAAAGGAAGACCGGCGUGAGAGUGGAGGCUGAGAACGAGGGGAGAGGGUGAGAGCGAGGCGAGGAUACGUGAGAGGAAGGGUUGGGAAUGUCGCGAGGAGGAUGAAAGCAGAGAUGAAAUGCCAAUGAAGGAAUUAUCCGAGGGUGUGAGAGAGGCUGGAGUCUUAAUGUGUGAUAAUCCAGAGAGAGAGAGAGAGAGAGAGAGAGAGAGAGAGAGAGAGAGAAACGCUCACCACCUCGAUACCCUCACCACGCCUUCCUCGCCGGUCUGCAAUUCUAACGCUUCUUGCACUGUCGACACAAUGACUGGGAGUGACUCAAGACAAUACUCAAGAGAUACUUCAAUGUACUGUCCGCUGCCUCGCCUUCUUCCUCCUUCUGUGUGUGUCUGUUUCCUGAAUGAAUCCUGCCGCGUGUCCCUUACCUGAACGUCCCUCCCGGUGCUCCUGGAGUGGAAGAGUAGGACAACGCAGGAUCAGUGCCAAAAUAGUGCCAAUUAUUCGCUGUGCCUUCCCAAUUUCUGUCUUCCUGUGUUACAGAGGCAUAUAUGGUUUAUUGUGGAGAAUCUCAUUAUGUAUAUCACAAAAAGUAUAUCUAUAUUUUAUACUUUUAUACACAAAAUAAAGUUAGAGAAAUUGU